AUGCACAACCCAAACUUUGCGUCUACCAACCUGAACUAUGGCGCAAGCAAGAAUGCAGCUGCCUUACUCCUCAAGCUGAUGGCGAGAAAUGUGUCAGUUGACGAGAUUCACAUUCUGAGCUUUCACCCAGGAGCUGUCUUGACAGAGACGGCGCGAGCUUAUGGAUACGAUGAGAAUUCUCUUCCCUGGGACGACGUGGACAUCCACGGUCAUUUCUUCGUAUGGGCGGCAUCUGAAGAAGCGAAAUUCCUGCAUGGACGCUUUGUAUACGCGACGUGGGAUGUCACUGAGCUUCCGUCUGCGGCGGUUAGGGCUUUGCUUGAUGAAGAUUCCGAUUUUCUUAAGAUUGGGGGUAAGGGUUUAUAG